GCAACUGUCACCAUUCCGAACGCUAUUGCUUUCUCUAGGAUGAGCUACCCGCGUCGUAUAGGCUUACCCACCGAGCUAUGGUAUCGGAUAAUUCAAGCCUUGCCCUCCAACGACCAGAGAAGGUGCUUAUACGUCUCAAGAAUGCUUCACGACAUCGCGUGGGAGAUAGUCUUCUCCCAUAUCACCAUUCGCUUUGGAUUGUGGAGGGAUGUGUCCGAUCCCUGCUCGGAGGAAGUGUGUGAUGAUGAACAGGUUGAGGCAGACAAGGCUACCCGUCUCAGCUGCGAGCUCUUGCGGCACAUCAAGCAGUCGCCGGAUCUUGCUUGCAUCGUGAUGGGCAUGACUGUACGCGCCUAUACAUAUCCAGAAGAGGGUCCUUCGCAGGAGCUCAUCGAGGCUACUGGUGAUGCACUCUCCGUCCUUCGGCUCCAUGCAUUUGCUUGGUAUGGUCGCGGUCCGGAACCGCAACCAGAGGUGCUUGAAGCUCUCAUAGAGCACUCUUCUGACACUCUGUCAGAGCUAACACUUCCUCCUGAACUGCCAGACUUUUGCCCCUUCCUCCCAUCCAUAAACCAUUUGCGCUCACUCGCGUUCCUUCCUCAUCACAAGAUCGAUGGAGACCUUGCUGACGUCUUUGAGGAGCAUUCCGAUGCCCUCCCGCUCCUCACUUCCUGCAAAGUGAUGUGCGGCUGGAUGACGGCAGAGGAUAUAGAGGCUUUUGCGACGUUCCUUCAAGGGAAGUCGUUCCUCCAGCGCCUCGACUUCGUUCACUCCUACGGAUGGGCCUCAGAGGACGAGCCGCUCACCAAUGAGCCAGUCCUGCGGGUCCUCAAGGACCUCCCUCACCUCACUAUCCUUGGUUGCGACAUUCGGUCCCAGCAGCUGACGUCAGAUCAUCUCGCUGAACUCAGCGCAUGUAUCCCGCGCCAUCUCACCGCUCUGUCUCUGAGAAUAUCCGCCUCAGAAAUGACCCUCACAGAAGAUGAAUGGGCAGAAUUUUUCGAGGCACAAGAAUUCUGCCGUUAUCUACAGCUACUGCCAGACAACGACAUUGAGCUCGAGUCUGUCGUCUCCCGACAUCCCCCACCCGUGCUGCAGCUCCUUGGGUACAAACGCAACCUGCGCUGGGUAUCACGCAACCCGAGCACGAAAGAAGUACUGUACAGCGACAGCUGGCCCGCCUCAAAAGUGUACUUCAGACAAACCGACGACUUUGGCUACGAAGACUGGGAGUGGUUGCUGAGGCACCACGGACAAGACAGCAUCAUCAAUAAUUUGCCCACCGAAUGA